AUGGCUAUGGGUGCUGUAAGUAAUGGUGGUAAACGGCGGAGGGGUAGUCAUACUCAUAUGGGAUCGGUUUGUUAUGUUUUCUUAGCCUUUUUGUGUUUUUUCUACAAUCUUGGAUUGAGCGCCGACAGUCUCAGACCCGGCGAAUCGAUUACUCCAAACCGGACUUUACUCUCAGCCGGCGGGAACUUCGCGUUAGGAUUCUUCCGCCCCGGAAACUCUUCUUCUUCCUUUCUCGGGAUAUGGUACAAUUCCAUCAACAAAACUGUGAUCUGGGUAGCUAACAGAGAAUCUCCUCUGCCUCAAGAUUCUGAAGCCGUUUUCACACUGGGUUAUGAUGGGAAUUUGCAACUUUUGGACGGCGACGGAAGAAAUAUUAUAUGGUCAACCAAUAUCUCAGGCAGCGGAUUAGCCGGAAACUCUACGGCCGCCCAACUGCAAGAUACGGGAGAUCUUAUUGUGAAGCAGGGUGAGAGCAUCCUUUGGGAAAGCUUUGAUGGCGACAGCGAUACAUUAAUGCCGGUGAUGAGGCUAAUGGUAAACAAGAAAACCGGAAAACGGAACUUGAUAAGAUGUUGGAGUAGCAGUGAUGAUCCCCGGCCAGGGAAAUUCUCCGGGGGAUUGAUCCUAAAGGAUCUCCCCAAUUUUUUAUUUGGAAAGAAGAUAUUCCUUAUUAUAGGAGCACCUUGUAUCAGGAUGGGUUUACUUACAGUGUUUACUUUCCCUCACUGGGAUAUACAUCUUAUUCAUUUGCUACAGAAAAUGAUGAAGUGUAUUUCAGCUAUGCAUAUGCUAACACCUUGA